UGAGGUGGUAGGGAUACAGACAAAUGAGAUUUGUCACCUGAGCCUCAAGCAUUUUAAAGCCAAACAGAGGGGACAGGUAAGUAACCAGAUACUGUAGCUACAGGUGACAGAUGCAGGAAUGGAGGGUGUUUGACCUGAAGCAGAACACAAAGGAGGAAGUAAUCACAAGUAAGAGUCAGACAGGCAAGGCUUUGGUCUGCAGCAGUGGAAGAUACAACAGAGUGGGCUGUGGGAGCGAAUUGGAGGCCAUUUCAAUAAUCCAGGGACAGUAGGAUGUAGGUAUGUAUCUAAGAAGUGUUAAAUAGAUACACUUGGCAUAACCCCGAGACAGGUUGAAUGUGGUAGGUGAGAUACUAACCUAUAACACCUAAACUGUAUGCCAGUGUUUUUCCCCUCUAGAAUUGUUUGGUGUAUACUAUUAAAUUUGAAUCUUAGCUUAUAAUUGAAGUGUUAGAUUUCCAAGAUGAGAUUUUAUACAGAUGACUAUACCUCUGAUUUUCUGUUCUGUAUUCCUCUGCAGCAUUUCUUUCUUACAUACGUUGUGAUGAUUUUUUGACCCAUCAGCCUUCCCCCGAGUGGGCAGACUUUGAGUUUCUCGAGGGCAGGGACCUUGUCUUAGUCCAAUGUUUAUCCCUCUUGCCUGGAACUGUACCUGGCAUGUGGAAAGUUCUCAUGAAAAUUUAAAGCUGAAGUCUUUUUUUAUGUUUCAAAAGUACAACAUUGAAAGAGCAAAUUGCAUAUUUUGGAAGGAAUAGAGAACUAGGGUAUUUUGGAACGUCUGGAGAAUGGGGAGGUUGUGGUUGGAGACGGCAGCUUUCUCCUAACUCUGGAGAAGAGGGGCUACGUGAAGGUGGGGCUCUGGACUCCAGAAGCGGUGGUGGAAUAUCCCAAUGCAGUUCGUCAACUGCACAUGGAAUUCUUGAGAGCAGGAUCAAAUGUCAUGCAGACUUUCACCUUUUCUGCCAGUGAGGAAAAUAUAGAGAGCAAGUGGGAAGAUGUGAACGCCGCUGCCUGUGACCUUGCCAGGGAAGUGGCUGGAAAAGGUGACGCUUUGGUGGCAGGGGGGAUCUGCCAGACAUCGGCGUACACACACCACAAGGAUGAAGCUAGAGUUAAACAACUCUUUCAACGCCAGCUAGAUGUUUUUGCCAAGAAAAAUGUGGACUUCUUGAUUGCCGAGUAUUUUGAGCAUGCCGAAGAAGCCAUGUGGGCUGUGGAAGUCUUAAAAGCGUUGGGUAAACCUGUGGCAGCUACCAUGUGCAUAGGCCCAGACGGAGACAUGCAUGGUGUAUCACCUGGAGAAUGUGCCGUUAAGCUGGUGAAGGCAGGGGCUGCAAUUGUGGGCGUGAACUGCCGAUUUGGACCCAGCACCAGCUUGAAGACGAUGAAACUCAUGAAGGUGGGCCUACAGGCUGCAGGGUUGGAGGCGCAUCUGAUGGUGCAGUCCCUAGGCUUCCAUACACCGGACUGUGGCAAAGGAGGGUUUGUGGAUCUCCCAGAAUAUCCCUUUGGACUGGAGCCCAGAGCUGCAACCAGAUGGGAUAUUCAGAAAUAUGCCAGAGAGGCCUACAAACUCGGGGUCAGGUACAUUGGCGGGUGCUGUGGAUUUGAACCCUACCACAUCAGGGCGAUUGCAGAGGAGCUGGCCCCAGAAAGGGGCUUUUGGCCUCCUGCUUCUGACAAACAUGGGAGUUGGGGAAGCAGUCUCAAUAUGCACACCAAGCCCUGGAUUAGAGCCAGGGCCAGAAGGGAGUAUUGGGAAAAUCUGCUGCCAGCUUCGGGCAGACCUUUCUGUCCUUCACUGUCACAGCCGGACGUCUAAGGAGUAGUGCUGUUUCAGAAUAACAGAAUAGAAGGAAGUCCCCCUCCGCCCCCGUAUGGAACUCUUCCCGGCCUUUACCCCCAGCCCACCUUGCUGUCUCCAGUUGCUGAACAGCUAAUGUGCUGCUGGCCCUUCGGUUCCGUCCAACAUACACAUCUUAUGCUCCCACUGUGGACAAACACCCAGCUGAAUGCUGCAGCAGAUGCAGAGGUGAUGGGAAAGGGCCUCUGCAUAGAGGUCCUCCAGCUCCUUACUGUCCAGUAAUGCUGUGCUACAUUCUUUGGAAGGUCAUCAAGAAUAGCAACACGUGGUGCACCUGAGUCGUUCAGUCAGUUAAGCAUCUGGUUUUGGCUCUCAUGGUUCUUGAGUUCGAGCCCCACAUCGGGCUCUCUGCUGUCAGUGCAGAGCCCGCUUCAGAACUUCUGCCCCUCUCAAGUGUCUGUCCCUACUCCACUUGGGUUCUUUCUAUUUCAAAAAUAAACGUUAAAAAAAGAAUAAU